CGUGUGAAUAUCACUGCUGAUUCACCAUAAGAAAAGGGUCCCGAGAACGCAUCCUUUCAGGUUUUUUUUUAUUUAAGACCAUGAAAGUCAUUUUAUGAGUGAAUAGAUUUUACCAGAUCAAUUCUAGUUAGAUCUAUUUAUCCACAAAUUUUCUUGUUUCUAGUCCUUGAGAACGCAUGCAACUAUUCUGUAAUAUUUGAUGACAUUACCUGAGCCAAUGAAUUUCAAUUGCGUCGAAUUGCACUGAUCUCCAUCGCAGAAUGUAACGGAUGCGAUACGUGAAAACUCAUUUCGCUUCUCGGUUUCUUUCCACUUUGUUCAGUGAAAAAAUCGUACCCUUCUACCCUGAACGCGCACAUUAUCCUUCACUUCUGAUCCCAGUUAAUUUUUCAUUCGCUUCGCCCUAAAAAUAUCUGAUAUCUAGUCGUCGAUUUCCUCCGAUAAGAAAUUUUUGUCCCCUUGAAAUGCCUCUCGCGGCCCUUCGCGCAGACUCGAAUGUGAGUAGUUUCGAGCGCCGCUACCAGUUUGUGAACGCGUACAGGAGUCAGCAGUCUCGCGAGGCUGUGGCUCACUGCAACAGCCUUGAGCCAACAGUUUGCCAGCAUCAGGUAUCAUCGUGGACAUGUGCAACGAUCCCCCCAGUCCACUACAAUUGCAACGAACGAGCUACUGCAACCCAAGUAAUAUAACUUCCAAGAUCCAGUAACCUCUCAAUUUUCUCAAAAACUCACAAAAAAUACUCGAAAAAAUCAUCACAUCAUUUGCGGAUUCACCGGAGUAGAUUCAGAAAUUACAUGUAACGAAUGAUCAGUGAUCCAGAGGAAUCAAUCGGCACCUGAUAGAUGCAAUUGAUAUGAGGAUGUGAUCACGAUAUGACUUGAUAUGCAGAAAUUUGAGGUUAGAGUGCACCAAAAUUGAUUUGGAUCAACGAAUUGGGGCCAAUGUAAAUGGCAACAUGAUGACAGUGCUGAUGGUGGUGGAGUGUAAUCAUGCAUGUGACGGUGAAAAAGGCGGUUUCACUGUCCCUUUGCCCCGAGAACUGACAAGCCAGGGUUGAGUACCAAAUUGUUUAUUAGAGCGGUUAUAAUCGAACAAUCAACCCGACCACUCACACACGCUUUCGUGGGUAUCAAGAGCAUGUGUGGUAACAGUUGAUCGGUUUGUUCCCGAGUGGACGUGUUUAUGUGACGUGGGGACAGCGAACAUUGAGAAAAUACUGAGUUAAUGGAGUGAAAAGAUUUUUUUUUUUGAUGCUGAGGUUUUCGUGAAUUUGGAGUAUGUGAAAUACUUUCUCGGGUCAUGUGGAAAUGUGAUAGUUGAGGGGGGCGGGGGGUGUGGUGUCAGGUUAUGGUGGGUGGUGACACUGAGAAGAUAAUUGUCAUUACAGAGUCAGAUUUCAGUGGGGAAGAAUGCCGGAGAAUUCAACCAAUUCAAUUUACGGAGUGAUCCAUCAGGCGGAUAAAGGAAAUGUCUAUCAAGAAAAGAUGGGACAAAUUACCCACCUGCAUACGUUGAAACCUUGGAUAAACGGGCGGCACACGCGACAGAAAGGGAUCUAGAGUGAGCGGAUGAUCUCAAUUCCAGUGGCUCGUGUACCAUUCAAGCGACGCAGGCACACAAUGCUACGGGUGCUGGGAGUUCGACUGCUCUCGAGGCUCCUCGUACUCGUUUGCUCGCUAUCGUUGCUGUCACUGCUGUUUUUGAAUCGUUGUGGCUUUAACAGUAUCGAUACUGAACUCAUCGACGUUGCUGACCCAAUAACACCGGCGAGUGAAGCGAGUCAAAGGGAGGAGGAGACGAGACUUGAGUUAGAGAGACUCACUGCUGAAAUUCGAACGUUAAAGCUUCAAAUAUUGCAAUUAACAGUUCGUAUAUUUUUAGGUGGGCCACCAGGACAUUCCGAUACCAUAGUCUCAAUUAACUCCUCGGAGAUUGGUGAUUGUCUGGCAGCAAGACGUCAAGUUGAAUUGGCGGAAAUCACUCAGGGUCUACCUCUCAACAAUGAGUACGAGCUAAUAGCAUUCAGUCAUUUCACGAUAUCCCGUCUGUACCCGGUCGAUCUUGGGUUAGGCAAGCGAGUGGUGGAAAAGCCGAUUGGAUUCAAGAGAAAGGACAUCCUCGAAGCUGUGUCAAAAGCCAUUGAUAUCCUCAACAAGAAUAUUUCAUCGAUCGCUGGAAGAUAUACAACAGAAGAUUUCCUGGAGGGCCUCUACAGGGUUGAACCCACCACUGGGACACAAUAUGAGAUGUACUUCAGAACGAAGAAUCUCAACAAGAGUUCCCAAAUAUCAUAUCCUGGGUACACGAAGAUCGUGAUGAUGAGGCCUUAUGCACCGAUUCACUUUGUUACAGUACAGAAGCAGCAGACGAAGGAGAAGGAAUUGAUUCACAUUAUUCUUCCAUUAUCCGGAAGAACAGGAACCUUCCAAAGUUUUAUGGAUAAAUUCGUGAAGAUUGGACUGAAGAAUGACAAAAGAGUACAUCUAACAGUGGUUUAUUUUGGAACUGAAGGUCUUUCCGAAGCUCAAGCUAUCAUGUCUAGGGUGUUGAUGACCAGGGGCAGUGGUGGAUCAAAUCAGAAUCUUCGUUUGCUAGCUCUCAAUGAAACUUUCUCCAGGGGAAAAGGCCUCAGGGUUGGAGCUGAACGAGCCUGGAAUGGAGACGGUGAUGUUCUCCUAUUCAUGUGCGAUGUGGAUGUUGUCUUUAGUGCGCGAUUCCUAGACAGAUGUCGUUGGAAUACAGCACCAGGACGCAAGGUCUAUUAUCCCAUUGUCUUUAGCCUGUACAAUCCUCAUGUGGUCUACACGCUUCAGGGGCGCAAGGUGCCACCUGAGAAGGAUCAACUUGUUAUCUCCAGGGACACUGGCUUCUGGAGGGAUUUUGGUUAUGGCAUGACGUGCCAAUACAGAUCCGACUUUCUACGUGUCCGGGGCUUUGACGAGGAUAUAGUGGGAUGGGGCGGUGAGGACGUAACGCUCUACAGAAAAUACGUUAGGAGCAAUAUCAAAGUGAUCAGAGCAACGGAUCCAGGCAUAUACCAUAUCUGGCAUCCAAAGGUUUGCUCAGGGGUGCCAGGCCAGAGGCUAUCAACCGAUCAAUAUCACGCCUGCAUCCGUUCCCGUGCCCUAAACGAGGCCUCUCACGCUCAAUUAGGUUUCCUCGCCUUCCGCGAUGACAUCGCCAGCCAAGCGAUGAAACUCCAGGGCGCACUAACAAAAAAAAAGAAAAAACUGCCGGUAUCAGGCCCUAAAAAGGACACGGAGAGGGUCUCCCGUACCAGAUCCAAUGCGGAUUUACAAAAGGACAAAUCCUCUGGUAAAUCUAUCAGAGAACAGACCUGAUCGAUUCAGCAUUCUGCGGGCUGUGUAAAUAUCGUGUAAAAAUGAAUGAAAGUAGCUAAAGUGCAAUGGGGAUUAAUCCCUCCUGUGGAUGCCGAAACAGACCGAUAAAUGGGUGAUUAUUCUGCCCGUUCCAUCAGCGUCUUAUCUCGCAAGAGUGGAGAAAUUUCACCACGAACUAUGACGAAGGAAGUAUUGUGGAUUGAAUAUAUCUGAAUUAUUCAAAUGAUGUGAUUCAAACACUCGUAUGUUUUUUAAACGAGGAAUUUAAACGUCUUAAUUUGUUACAAAAAAAAUGUCAUAAUUAUACAGUUAUGAUGGCGCACCAUUUGUUGCAUAGCCUAUUUAUACAAGAAAUUGCAAUUUCUAUUAUAGAAUAAACCAAGGCCAAGCAGGCGUAUCGGUUUUUGUACGUUAUACAUGUGAAAGCUAAAGUUCCAACCACAGGAUGUCAAUUAGAUCGCUCGAAAAUAUUAACUUUGACCUAUUGCUCAGCAAUGGCAAGACUAUUUUCAUUUGUAUAGUGAUUCCAAUGAAAUAUUCUACUUUGACUAUUCACCAGUCGCAUGGCAUCGUUAAUCAGUAUUAUUUCCAUUUCCAUUAUGUCUAAGUAUCGUAAUUCAUCGAUGAACAAGUACAACGCGCUGGAGGGGUAAUUGUUAAUCAUCGGUUGAAUAAUGCAUUGGAUAAUUUGUCCAGAAGAAUUGAACUAACAACUAUUACGCAAUAAAGAUAACGAGUAAAUUUUUCAAAUCAGAAUUGUGUGUAAUCAAUUAACCAACCAUUCAUUUAAGCCAACUGAUACAAGAACGAGAGAAAGUUUAUGAUUUACGUUUUUUCAUCGUGAAAAAAUUGUGGGUGAUGAAUGAUGUAUAGUGUAAAUGGACUGAGUAAAAAUAUAACGAGUAUCACAGCCAAGUAUCCCCUUCCCAAAGCUCCCAAGGAUGAAUUGAAUAAGAGGAGAGUAAUUAAUUACAGUGCUUUCAACC